UCCGCCCCGGAUGACAGCGCUGUCCGCCUCGUGCGCGUCCUUCCGGUUAUGAGAUGAGUUGUUUUGGUGCAGUGUUUUUAUCUCUUUGAAUGCACCUUUUGUGCUUUAGCGACCCCGGAGUCAUCUCAUGCGAUUGCGUUAUGGAUUUUAUUGCACUCUGAUGCUUUAUUUUUCCGCCUCAUUCAAAACCGCCGGCAGUAUGUUUGACGGGUUAGCAACCCAGCCGACCUGACGGUCCGUUUGGAUGAUUUAAUGAUCAACGCUGACACUGAUGUUUGUAUCUGAACAUGUUUGUCCCUAAAAUAGAUUCUGGAGAGUCGAAAUGACCGUUAAGAGCCGUCUUUAACACUAGUGUUGUAACUUAUGCGUAGCUGAAACAUUAAACUGGUACAUACUUUAGUUGAAGGAACAAGCUAAGAUAAUGGCAUUGCUGUAGGUAACGCUGAUUCUUUUCAGCUGUGUUUAAGUCUUAAAAACGCACAGCACGCUCAUAUUGUCACAGAUAUGUGAUUGUUACUGCAAACGUUGCUUCUUUCGGAAGUGAAGCGGGUCCGGUUGCCAUGGAGACGCGUGAGCAUCAUGGGAUGUUCGCGGAUCCGGACUUUCCUGCUGACGACUCUUCACUCUUCUGUGACUACACCACGCCCCUCCCCAAAUUGUUGGGCGAUGUCACAUGGCUCCGCCCACAGGAGAUCUGCGAGCAUCCUCAACUCUUCCCUGAUGAGCCUGCGGCGGCCCACCCAAAGCAAGGCAUUCUGGGAGACUGCUGGUUGCUCUGCGCCUGCUCCAUGCUACUCAAGAACCAGCACCAUCUAAACAAGGUGUUUCCUCCGGAACAGCCUUUGUGGGGUGACCGCGUUUACCGCGGUGAGUUCCGGUUCCAGUUCUGGCAGAAUGGGCUCUGGAUAGAGGUACGGGUGGAUGACCGACUACCCUGUAUCAAUGACACUCUCUGCUUUUCGCGAUGCCAGAGCCCUAGGGCAUUCUGGGUAGCACUUUUGGAGAAAGCCUAUGCCAAGUUACGUGGUUCGUACGAGCGUUUGUGGGCGGGGCAGGUAUGUGAGGCAGUUGUGGACUUGAGCGGAACCAUAGCGGUACGAUGGAGUCUAAAGGAAGCGGAGUCUCCACGACAGCCCAACGACUCCCAGACUCAACACAAACCUAAUGGUACCAAACUAUCUGAUCUCUCACUGGAGCUGAAGGAGCGAUGUGCCAUCAGCUGCUGUGUCCACAGCGCCUCCACAGGUAUCCCAGAGCUUGGUCAAUAUCACGCCAUGAGUGUGAUGGAGUGGACGAUUGUGACAAUGAUUACAGGAGAGCAAGUGGAGCUGAUCAGGAUACGAAACCCCUGGGGCAGGAGGAGCUGGGCUGGUGUCUGGAAGGAGGGUGGAUCAGGUUGGCCUUCUCUGGAGCCCUCCUGCGCUCAGGCUUUACUGGGCCGCACGGCAGAGGGCGAAUUCUGGAUGGACGAAGCAGAAUUCCAGCAUGAGUUUGAUGAGGUCACAGUGGGCUCUCCUGUCAAUGAGGCAGGACACCUCCAAAGCAUCUACACGGGAAGCUAUCUAACUCACAGCCACCAGAUUGGAGGCCGUUGGGUCAAAGGUCACUCUGCGGGUGGUUGCCGCAAUAACAGCACUUUUAGCAUUAACCCUAAGUUCUGGAUAAAAGUGUGCGAGAGAGGGGAAGUGUUGCUCUCGUUGCUACAGUACGGGUGUCCUGACUCACCAGCAGAGGGUGGCGGUCUGCAGCACCCGCACCUCCAGGCCAUUGCGCUACAUAUGUGGAAGGUGGAGAAGAAACACUUUAACCUGAAUCGGAUGCUUAACAAGCCACCGCUUGUGUCGCACACGCACACGUACGAUCGGGAAGUGGUGCUACACGCUCACCUGAAUCCUGGUUUCUACCUGCUGGUGCCCAGUACCUUCCUGCAGGGAGCGGAGGGACGGUUCCUUCUGAGAGUUUAUUCUUCCUGCCCCGCUUCUCUCAGUGUGAUGAAAUCCCCUCCUGUUCAGCACUGUUCAGAAGGCGAGUGGGAAACCAUUAGCUCUCACAGCUGUUGGUCCCCUGGUUCUACUGCUGGAGGAAGUCGCAACUUCUCCACACAUGGACUCAACCCUAAUAUACCCCUUACUGUGACCUAUGACCCUGGAGGUAACAACACAAAGGUCACUCUACGACAACACAGGCCUGAAAAUUCCCUCCAUGCCAUCGGCUUCCAUAUUUAUAAGGUACCUGAUGGUGAGUCCCUGUUAACCCCUUGUGCCACGUCUCCAGUGGUUAGCUGUGUACCUCAUGCCCACUCCCAGGAAGUCAGCGUGUUUUGCCGUCUACAGCCGGGCGAGUACGUCGUAAUUCCUUCCACCUACCAGCCAGAACUCAGCGCUCACUUCACCCUGACUUUUACACGCAGGAUACAUCGGAAAGCAGUUCAGAGUCAAGAGCUUCUGGGCCACGUUGUUCAGGAGGUCUCCUGUGUCUCUGUAAUGAGACGAUAAUCUGGGGAAGUGGAUCACAUGCUCAUGUUGAGAUGAAAGUGUUGCCUUCCAUCCUCAGAUGAUGAGCAGCAUGUUGACCUCUAGAGCCCUGUCCACUCUAACAGGAGCCAUCGAUGCCGAUCACCACAGUCAGCUACCAAAACCCACCAGCAGUGGAUAAAUGAUCCUGUUUAGGAAUUUGUCACAGUGGUUGACUAGUUUUCCAACAAACGCUCCUUGAGAAACAUGUCAGAUCAGGGUCAUGUGACCUCAGUAUUUCCUAAUUAUACAAAAUUAGUUAGACUCAUUAUUCAGACUCGUUAAAAGUCAUUGUCUGAAUAUUGAGUCAACCUAGACUGGCUUUGUGGUCCAGGCUCACAAGUAAGGUAAAAAUAUCCAAGAAGCACCUUUCAUUUUUAAGUGUUUAAUUAACUGGAAUAUCAAGAACAACAAAAACACUUUUACAUUCACAUAAAAAUAAAAAUAUGUAUUAGAAAAUACUGAAAGAGAGAGAAAAUAAGGAUGCAGAAGAUAGAAGAAGAAGAAUAAAGAAGGGGGAAUUUUUGGCCAGAGAAGGGUAGACUGGGUAGAUGGAAUAAGUGGGAGGCUCGGCGGCUCUACUGAAGCUCCAGCUCUCUCUGAAGUGUGCCGCAGAGUUGGAGCCCCGCACGCAGUCGCUGCCCUGUCGGCCCCUCUGUGAGCGCUAAUAGCCUGUGUGUCAGGGUCCGCAGGCCUGUUAGUGCUGCACUAGUGACGAACUUGUAGCGUCACUGCCCACCCUGAUCCAGUGCCUAGUGCCGCCACACAAUGACUUGUUAUGUAAAGCAAAUUCACUGCUGUGACCCUUUCCUCCCUUGUGUGUGUCUGUGUGUAGGAAUAUGCAUUAAAUUAUUUUGAAUUUAAA